ACUUUGGAUCAUGUGAUAACAAAGUUUUGAUUUGUGACAUUUGAAAUGGAUUCUGAGAUUAAAUUAUGGCUCGUAAUUCUUAUUUUGUUCUCCAGUGCAAUAUAUUCUGUUGUUGGAGUGCCUCAAGUGCCUUGUCUUUUCAUUUUUGGAGAUUCUUUAUCAGAUAAUGGAAAUAACAAUGACCUUGUUACCGAUGCAAAAGUUAAUUACAAACCUUAUGGGAUUGAUUUUCCUUCUGGUCCUACUGGACGAUUUACCAAUGGCAGAACUUCUGUUGACAUAAUUGGUGAUCUGUUGGGAUUUGACCAUUAUAUUCCACCCUAUGCGAAUUCCAAUGGUACAUAUAUUGUUGAAGGUGUUAAUUAUGCAUCUGGUGCAGCAGGAAUUCGCAAUGAGACUGGAACACACUUGGGUACAGAUAUCAGCAUGGGAUUGCAGUUAGAACAUCACAAAGAUAUUGUUUCCCAAAUCGCCACGAAACUUGGAAGUACUGACAAAGUGCAACAACACCUUAAUAAGUGUUUAUAUUAUGUGAAUAUAGGAAGCAAUGAUUACCUUAACAAUUACUUUCUGCCACAACAUUAUCCAACUAAUGGAAAGUACAAUAUUAACCAAUAUGCUGUAGCUCUUAUCCAAGAACAUGCAAGUUAUUUAAAGGCAUUGUAUGAGCUUGGAGCAAGAAAGUUUUCUUUGAUUGGAUUGUCGCUUAUAGGUUGCAUUCCACACGUGAAAAAGGGCUCAUUGUGUUCUGAAGAGCAUAAUAAAGCAGCACUACUUUUCAAUAACAAACUUAAAUCCCUUGUUGACCGUUUCAACAAAGAAUUCUCUGAUGCAAAAUUCAUCUUCAUUAACACUGCUAUCAUGACAUAUAAUAGCUUAAAGCAAGAUAUGAAAACUUUGACAUGUUGCAAAAUGGGGUCAAGUGGGGAGUGUAUAUCCAAUGAGGAAUCAUGCCAGGACAAAAACUUUCAUCCAUUUUUUGAUGAAUUUCUUCCAUCUGAGGUGGUCAACAUUCCCACCGCAAAUAUGGCUUAUAAAGGUAUGGAGAUUUCAAAAUGUUGCAAAGUCGGGUCGAAUGGGCAGUGUAUCCCUAAUGAGGAACCAUGCAAGUUUAGAAAUUUGCAUCCAUUUUUUGAUGAAUUUCAUCCAACUGAGGUGGUCAACAAAGUGGUAGCGAAUAUGGCUUAUAAAGCUCCUGUUCCAGCCUGUGCACACCCAAUGGAUAUUAGUCAUCUUGUUAAGCUGUAACAUGAUGGAUAUCUCGUGUCCAUAUUUUCUUAAUGAAGUAUUCAAUGCAAGAAAACUCUAAUAAUCAUAUAUGAAUAUAGAUUGCAAUAUUACUGCAUUUUCAUUGGAAA